AAGAUUUUGAUUUAUUUCUAACUGAUUAAAGAACAAUGCCCACUGAUUCAAAGGUUUUCCGAAUAAUUUGAGGUAUUUAAAAGAAAUAUAGGGUAAAAUAAUUACCCGAUUAUGGAAAUACUGAAAAUGACAGUCUUCCGUAUGUAUUGUCUAUGGUUUUUGGAGUUCCAGAUGAGUUUUUGGGUUAGAAAUCGUUUGAGAGGAAAAUAGAAAUUAGAAAAUAAUUUAGCAAUGUUUGAUUGAUUAAGAAUAUCAAACAACACGAACUAAAAUACCCAUCUUAAUUGUUUACAGAAUUUACGCGAUAUUUAAGUUCUUUGUUUCUAAAGCGCUAUGUUUUGGCAGUGUUUCACUUUACUCAUAGUUUUACCUAUAAUUUUUAUUGGAGUUCUGCUGUUUGGAGCUUUUGUCAUAGUACCAUGUGCUUUCAUAUUCGCAUCAUGGUAUAUGCGUAUUAAGGAACGCAAGUUACAACGGAGGAAAAGAGACGGUGCUAAUGUGGCGUUUUUCCAUCCGUAUUGUAAGGCUGGUGGAGGAGGGGAAAGAGUGCUUUGGGUUGCCAUCAAAGCAUUGCUAGCCAGAUAUCCAGACACGACCAUCUACAUCUACACAGUAGAAACAGCUGAGCCCCAGGCCAUAUUAGAUAAAGCACACAACCAGUUUAAUGUAAGGGUUGAUUUGACAAAGAUCAACUUUGUUCGACUCGCCCUAGGCAGAGCCAUCGAAGCUAGAACAUAUCCCUAUUUUACUUUGCUGUUGCAAAGUUUGGGUUCCAUGGUUUUGGGCAUGGAAGCUUUCAUGAAAUUCAAUCCAGAUAUCUAUAUAGACACAACUGGUUUCGCGUUCACUUACCCCAUAUUCCGGUACCUGGCCCAGUGUCCCGUGGCCACGUACACGCAUUACCCGACCAUCACAACGGCGAUGAUGCGUCGCGUCAAACAUCGCAUCGUGACAUACAACAACUCGUCGGUGAUAGCGAGGAAUCCAAUAUUCACGUGGGUGAAGCUGCUCUACUACAGAAUAUUCGGUUGGUUGUAUGGCGUGAUGGGUAGAUGUGCUGACGUUGUGAUGGUCAACGGCACUUGGACGGAGGACCACAUCAAUGACCUGUGGCGGAUACCAUUCAGCACUCACCGCGUUUAUCCACCUUGCGAGGUAGCUGAGUUAAAGCAGCUCAGAUCUUUGGUCAAGGAGUCGGACCCAAUCAGGAUACUGUCAGUGGGACAAUUCCGGCCCGAAAAGGACCAUCCUCUAAUGCUUCAAGCCAUGUAUGAACUAAGGAACCUGCUCGUCAAGAACGAACUACUCUGGAACAAGAUGGAACUGGUGCUAGUAGGGUCAUGCAGGCACUCGGAAGACGAGCAGCGAGUGAGACAGCUGCAAGAUCUGGCGAGACAUCUCUCAUUGGAGGACAGCGUCAAGUUUGUAGUGAAUGCUCCGUAUGCUCGCCUGCUGCAGCUCUACCAGACCAGCAGUAUAGCUCUGCAUGCGAUGUGGAACGAGCACUUCGGUAUUGGCGUGGUGGAAUGCAUGGCUGCCGGCUUAGUGACGAUCGCGCACCGGUCCGGCGGGCCGUUAGCCGACAUUAUCGAGACGGCGCCGGCCAGCCGGACCGGAUACCUGGCUUCGGAACCGGAUGAAUACGCGCGCGCCAUAUUGGAGGCUGUAGCGUUAUCGGGGGAAGAGAGACGGAAGAUUGUGGAAGCCGCUAGAGCUGCAGUGGAUCGGUUCUCCAGUAUGGAGUUCGAGAAGUCAUUCCUGAGGGCUGUGGAGCCUCUGAUGCGGCUAGAUUGAAUUGAAUUGAUGGAGAUAGUGCUCAGAAUGCGCUGUGAAAUUUGUUCCAUUAGUUUUAAGCUUCACUAUUAUUUGUUUACGAACAAUAAUUAUAAUAAAUUUUACCAAAGUUACACAUUAAUUUGUUUCUUUUAUUAUUGUAGUCAUCAGAGCAUUUAAGUUUAAAAUUAUUUAUGUGCUUUCGGCCACAUCUAUCUGUCCACUUGGUGUUAAAAUUUUCAACGGCCUGUAGCAAAAAUAUUGUUACCUGUCGGGAUGGGGUUCGAAAUUAUAUGCCAGUUCACGCUUGACAGUUCUUUAUUCACCACUCAGUUCACACAAUUAACACACAAUGUUAAUUACAAAACACUCACUAAACACUGUAUUUCACUAUAUAAGUCACUAAACUAUUGCACUGGAUUACUUUUGUUGCACUUUGAUCGCCUUUGGAUUUGCUCCGAAAUCGCUGUUGAAACUCAA